CUUUUGGCUUCACCGAACGUCUUCUGAUAGUCUUCACCUUCAGCUAUCCCAUUUAGGCAGAUCAGACUGCCGUUCGUCACACCGCAUUUUACCCCCUUCGACUGUACACAUUUGCCCAACGAGUUUACCAGUGACCUCCCUCUCUAUACAAUUUGUUAGCGCUUCUUUGUCACUCGCAACAACGCCUCAUUCCACUCAAGAUACCAAAAUGCCUAUUUACAAGCACGCUUCUCUCAACUGGGACCAGCGCUUGGAGCUCCAGAAGUGGGCAGACAGCCAGAACCCGCGCCCGUCCCUCAAAGUCGCGUCAGAUUGGAUCACCCAGCAAUGGAAGGUGGUCAUCCCUCAUUACUCGAUCUCCCGUUACUAUGCAGCAGAUAUGGGUUUGAGCAUUUGCGUCAACCUUGCCGGUAUCGAGAAGCAGUUUAACAACCGCCUCCUGCCCGUACUUUGCCGCCGAAUGCAGCGCUGUCUGUCCAAAUGUAGUUUGAGCAUUUGCGUCAACCUUGCCGGUAUCGAGAAGCAGUUUAACAACCGCCUCCUGCCCGUACUUUGCCGCCGAAUGCAGCGCUGUCUGUCCAAAUGUAGUUUGAGCAUUUGCGUCAACCUUGCCGGUAUCGAGAAGCAGUUUAACAACCGCCUCCUGCCCGUACUUUGCCGCCGAAUGCAGCGCUGUCUGUCCAAAUGUAAUUUGAGCAUUUGCGUCAACCUUGCCGGUAUCGAGAAGCAGCUUAACAACCGCCUUAUGCCCAUUCUCCGCCGCCAUAUGCAGCACUGUCUGUCCAUCCUUAUCCUGAGCAUUUGCGUCAACCUUGCCGGUAUCGAGAAGCAGCUUAACAACCGCCUCAUGCACAUUCCCUGCCGCCUUAUCCUUAAGAUCUGCGUCAACCUUGCUAGUAUCGAGAAGCAGCUUAACAACUGCCUCAUGCCCAUUCUCUGCCGCCAUAUGCAGCACUGUCCGUCCAAACCCGUCCUGAGCAUCUGCGUCAACCUUGCCAGUAUCGAGAAUGUCACACGGACAUUUGCCCACAGUUUUGGGUUAGGGUUACCAAGGCUUAGCAGAGCCUGGCAUCAGCCUUAUGAAGGCCCGGCGGCCGCAGGCCGUGAGACUCAACCUCACUUCGACCAAACUCUCGCCACCGGCAUUGCUUACCCAAGCCCCUCUCGACACCGUCAGGCUAACGAACCAACCAUCGAACUGCCGACGACGCUGAUAAGCAUCACGAGGCAGUCCCCAGUGAUCGCAGAAGCUAUCCCAGCAAACCAAGCAAGAAGCAGAGCGACCGGAUGAAGGCCGGCGCUAGAAGAAGAAAGGAGAAUGGUUGAAGACAUUCAGGAAGAUCUACACGUAUGAAGAUCGCGGGGAAGAACCGCAUGAAGAUCGCGGGGAAGAUCCGCAUGUAUGAAGAUCGCUAGAUAGAUACCUUGAGGCUCAGACAACAAGGCUCGGUACGUACCUCAGUACGUACCAAACCUCUUUGG